UAGUUCUGGAACUAUGAGCUGGAUUGCCAUUUGCAAGCGUGGAAAGGCUUUGGAAAAUGACUGAAAGAAAGAAGAGGGACAAGGGGAGAGAGGUGUCGUACUCCAGGGAGAGAGCCAGGGAUGUAUUAGACCACAGCAUUGCCUGGUCCAUGGCAGCAGCGCCCUAUCAACAGAGCUCGUACAGCGGAGGCCGCAGCACCUCGGCCAUUCACUGCUUCCGCUGCCGAGACGUGUGUAAGGGGGAGGUGGUGAGGGUGCAGAAUGUCCACUUCCACGUCAAGUGUUUCACCUGCCAAGUGUGCGGCUGUGACCUGGCCAGAUCGGGCUUCUUCCAGAAGAAUGGGGAGUACAUCUGCACGGCGGACUACCAGCGGCUGUACGGGACCAAGUGCGACAGCUGCGGCGACUUCAUCACGGGGGAGGUGGUGUCCGCGCUGGGGCGCACCUAUCACCCCAAGUGCUUCGUCUGCAGCGUCUGCAGGAAACCCUUCCCGAUCGGAGACCGAGUGACGUUCAGUGGGAAGGACUGCGUCUGUCAGCAGUGCUCCCACACUCUGGUCAACACCAACGAGCCCAUAAAGAUCCACGGACCCAGCCAUUGCGCAGGGUGCAAGGAGGAGAUCAAACAAGGACAGUCCCUGUUAGCUCUGGAGAAGCAGUGGCAUGUCAGCUGCUUCAAAUGUCAGACCUGUGGGAUCGUGUUGACAGGGGAGUACAUCAGCAAGGAUGGCGUGCCAUACUGCGAGACCGACUACCACACUCAGUUUGGGAUUAAAUGCGAGACCUGCAACAGGUAUAUCAGUGGACGAGUAUUGGAGGCCGGAGGGAAGCACUACCACCCGACGUGCGCGCGCUGCGCCCGCUGUCACAUGAUGUUCACGGAGGGCGAGGAGAUGUACCUGACAGGUGAGACCCGGCACGGCUAUCAAGAUCACUCCGGCUCUUACUCGGACUGCUACAUUGACCGAACUCGGACUGACAGCAUUUCUUCCCUUUUACAGCACAGACGCACUUCGGAAACGUCCAUCUCUCCCCCAGGGUCCAGCAUUGGGUCCCCGAGCCGCGUCAUCUGUGCCAAAGUGGACAAUGAGAUCCUUAAUUACAAAGAUUUCGCUGCUCUUCCUAAGGUUAAAGCUAUAUACGACGUUCAGCGGCCUGAACUAAUUUCCUAUGAGCCCUAUCACAGAUACACCUCCGAUGACAGGCUAGAGCGCUACAGCUAUGGGGAGGACAGAGGCAUGCACACUAAUGGCUGUUCUCAACAGGACAUUUAUGACAGCAUCGACCUGCGGCAGAGAAGAGCGUCAAGCCCCGGAUACAUCGACUCCCCCAGCUACAGCCGCCAGGGAAUGUCCCCCACAGUGCCUCGCUCCCCUCAGCACUACUAUCGCUCCGGCACGGAGAGUGGCAGAAGCUCCCCCUAUUACAGCCAGGUGGACGUCAGAUCCAGCACCCCGACUGCGUACCAAGCGCCCAAGCACUUCCACAUCCCAGACCCCCGCUGUGAGCUAGCUCUUUCGUGCAGGGGAUCUGAGCCCGUGACUAACAGAGUGACCCUAAGCCCUCAUCCCUCAACAUUUCAGUCCAUGCAGUGGACCCACAUGCAGUUUGCAGUACAAGCGACAGGAGACCCAAACAUCUACAGGAAGCCUCCCAUCUAUAAGAGACAUGGUACUGUGUCUGCUGCCUGCUGUAGCGUGUACCUUGCGGUGCUGAUGGUGAGGGAUCUCCUCCAAUCAGCACUGAUCAUCUGGGACAGGGCGGUGCUGACUGUGAAGGACAUACCUGCCCUCCAAUCGGCGCUGAUCCUCAGGUACAGGGGCAGUGCUGCCUGUGGCAUGUUAAAAGAUGAUUGGCUGGAAGCUCCGCCCCCUCUCUCUCUUUGUGCCCUCACAGCUCCCCGCGCCCGGAGGUUCUCGUCGGGGGGAGAGGAAGAUGGCUGGAACCACAGUCUCAACAGGAUCCAGGGCGGAAUCGGGAGGAUGAUCCUGAAGGAGGAGAUGAAGGCCCGGUCCGGCUCCUAUGACAACGACCCGUGGGCCAGCGCGCGGAACUCGCGCAGCGGCAGCAAGGAGACCCUGCUGGGCCUGGGCUACGAGACCUCCCUGAACGGCUCUCCUCGCUCCCACUACACAGUGGACAAUGGUGAGUGUCUCACUUCCUCUGUGUGCCACACAGGCAGUGCAGGGUUUCUCGUCCCCUUGCCCUGGGAGAUUUUCCGACAGAAACAUCUGCUGUCUCUUGUUUUUCAGCCCCAGAGCGCUGACUACUUCCAGUACGACAGCAGCAACGCAGUGAACUGGGGAAUCAGAGAAUACAAGAUUUAUCCCUACGAAACUUUAAUAGUGACCACUAGGGGGCGCAACCGGCUGCCAAAGGAUGUGGACAGAGCUAGGUUAGAGCGACACUUGUCCCCCGAGGAGUUCUACCAGGUGUUCGGGAUGAGCAUCGUGGACUUUGACCGCCUGGCGCUGUGGAAGAGGAACGAGCUGAAGAAGCAGGCGAGACUGUUUUGAUACCAGCGAGCGCCGACAGAGAGUGUCCCCGGGUUAUUGGUGUCACGGCUGAAGAAAAUGGAAACGCUGCAUUUGGAAUCGAAGCCAAACAGAGUUGGGCACAGCCCACCUAAAAGGCCCCCUUUGCAAUUAUAUUAUAUAAAACAUAUUUUGCUUUCCUUUUACUCCUCAAAGUGACUGUGAUUUCUGCCUGCGUCAUUACCCAUUAGCAUCUGUGUUGAACGCUCAUUACAGUUCGAAACUGGUCAGGCUGGGCCUCAUUAAAUCCUAACUUUGCAACAGCCGACACAAAUGACAGAAAUGUUGGCAUUGUAUCUGAAAGACUCAAGGAGAACAAUGCCGAGUGAAAAUCCUGCACAUUUUCUGUACAACAAAACUUUAAAAACACUUAAGCUGAAAUUGGAGGCGUUGCUCCAGCUCCCUUUAAUUGCAAUGAGGCUCAAAGUCGAAAUAAUUCCAUGACUGUUUCAACAGCGUACUCUUAAAGAAAGCUGAAAUAGACUUGUUACUGUUAAACUGUUUCUCUCUGGAGCUUGUAACUUCCAUAGAUUCAAAGCACGGAGUUCCGUUUUAGUGUGCAAUCAUGCGUUUUCCUAAAGACGUAAAACCAAAGUAAGAUAAGGAGUUCUGUAUGCGACAUGAAAAAAGUUGUGCACGCACAGAUCAAGAUGUGUCCACACUCUGUUUGGCAAAUUGCAUGGAGAGAAGUGCAUUGCUUACCUUCUCAGACUGCAGUGCGGAGCUUAAGCACUGAAUGUUAUUUCCUUUGCAGACAAACUGAAGUGAACUCUGUUAUUUGUUUUUCUGAAGAAUGUAUUUGAAGUUUUAGACAACUGUAGGGUGUGAACGACAGUACAGAUGAGAUGGUGGAACACUGCUGCUUUGCAACCACCCGUAGGUCACAGAGCUCUGGGAAGACCAAUCCUCCACUGCAGGCGCAGGUGGUGCCACGUACUUACAUGGUAAAAUAUCCACGCGUCCCAGGCUCAGAAUAACACCUGAAAGAGGGCUGGGUCGCUUUUCAGUAGAGCAGCAAUCCCUGGGCUUCAGGGGAGGGGGGUUAAAUGAAAAAAGAAGACUUUAUUUAGGGGUCCAGGCUUUGAACAACAUAGCAUAAAAAUAACCAAAUUUUCAUAGUUUCUCUUCGGGCUGUUUAACACUGACAGAUGUUUCUUAAGUCAGCCAGAACGUUGCCAGUGCAAAUCAGGCUGUAUUGACUUGCGGUCCUCUGAACAGUUGGUGUGCACUGAGCAGGGCAGUGUGCGUUCAUGAUGGGAUUUCAGUGGGUGGCCCUCUCUGGUUGUGUAGAACCACAGUCCUGCGGGUAUAUACCGCUGGUCACUCUGCAAUCAUCAGCUCGUAAGGACGCACUAGAGAUUGGAUCGCUGCAUUAAAUGCAUCAGUUCGUUAAGCCAGGAGAGCCCAACUGUGCUCCUUGAGAGCUGUAGGACGGUGAUAUUUUCAUGGAAGAGCGGAUGGAUAAAUGAAUGGAUCAGUUUAUGGGGGGGGUGAAUGGAUGAGAGGGUAGAUGGGCGGAUGAAUGAAUGGAUGAAUGGGUAGAUGAAUGGAUGAGUGGAUAGAUAGAUGGGUGGAUGAAUGGGUCCACGAGCGGAUGAAUGAAUGGAUGAGUGGAUAAAUGAUUGGAUGAUUGGGUAGAUGAAUGGAUGAUUGGGUAGAUGGGUGAGUGUUGAGUGAAGUACUUAACUGCCUAAGUGGUCACAAUGAAAGUGUUCUCAGGUGCAAGGAGGAAUGAGUUUAGUGCCUUUGAACCUUCCAAUCAAUUAAUAACAGGACUUGACCCUUAAUUGUUUACUCCACCUAACUGCUCAAAACCAUUUGGUUGAUUACCGAUUACCUGAAGCCAAGAUAGGACUGGGACUCCCCUGGUUGCCUGCCCCUGGUUUAGGGUUACCCAGAAAACCUGUGGUUCCCCAGGUCCAGAAUCGGUCACCCCUGAUGGAUUUCCUUUUUCAUUCUCUGUGCUUUGUUUCACUCCUAUGCCGAAUCAACACCUUGCACCGAUGAACACCUGGGGGCAUGGUGUGAUGGGUGCAGAGUUUAUGAUGCACAAUAUGAAGUCACUGCCCAAAGGGACACUGCAGUAACGAAGUGUCUAAGUAAGUCAGCACAAGCUGUGCUGUAACACAUAAAGCCCAUAGCUUACAUAGCUUUAAUGUGCUCGUCCAUCAGUGGAACAGCCCUCCAGCCCUGAGUUAGACUUCACUGCUGUAGGAAUAUUAGGAACAUUAUUUUGCAAAUGAAUGUUUAUCGUACAGUACAUUUACCACGUUAACUGACAUAUUUCUAGACACUUCCACCUGCAAUAUUAACCUGCCUUUUUCUCAUGACGCGCACGGCCAGCGGUGUCUGUGGAAGGCAGAGUGUCCUGGAGUGUUACCUAACCUAACCAAGUGUCCAAUGACCAAGCUACUUACCAGAGUAGUGUCUCUGUACUAAAGAAGUUAGUUACUACAAAAUGGUAUUUUUGAAUUGUACAUUUUUUUCUGUUUUCUUUUUGUAACUGUAUACAACAACCUAACCGCUUUAUUUAACUGUCAGUACUGUAUCAACAAAUGAUGUAUAUCUUAUAUUUAAAUAAAAUGCUGUUUUCAUGUGUAA